AUGACUUUCUUCUCCUCGCUUUCCAAUGCUGCCACCGUUUAUCCUUGUUUGAACUACGUUUAUUACGUGGCAUUCGCCCUUGGGUUAGCCAAAUUGACCACGGUGAGUUUAUCAUUUGCCUCGUUGCUCUUGGACCUUUUUGUGGUGGCCAAAACCGAUUUCGCUCCAUAUGGAUCCAAGAACCACACAUGGGCCAUUGUUACUGGGGCCUCUGAUGGUUUAGGUAAAGAAUUUGCUUAUCAAUUGGCGAAAAAGGGGUUCAACGUCUUAUUGGUUUCCCGUACCCCUAGCACUUUACAGCAAUUAUCGGAAGAGAUUGCCACAAAGUAUAGUGUCAAGUCGCUUUUUUACGCCAUGGAUUUCUCCGAUGCCACUGCAUUGGAUACCAACAUUGCCGGGCUCCAGAAAUUGAUCAAUGAUGAGAAAUUACCAGUUUCAGUGUUGAUCAACAACGUUGGUAAAUCCCACUCAAUCCCUGUGCCAUUUUCCCUUACCACCAAAGACGAACUCACGGAUAUUAUCACCAUCAACAACUUAGCCACUUUGAAAUUCACCCAAGCAGUGAUUCCAACCUUGGACUCUACCGUCCACGACUCCAAAUUAUCCAAGAAAUCGUUGAUCUUGACAGUGGGGUCGUUUUCCGGGCUUUUGCCAACCCCAAUGUUGGCGACUUACUCCGGUUCCAAAGCGUUCUUGCAAAACUGGUCGGUCUCAUUGGCAGCAGAAUUGAAACCAAGAAACAUCGACGUGUACGUGGUAUUGGCUUACCUUAUCACUUCAAAAAUGUCCAAGAUUAGAAGAAGCAGUGCCAGUAUCCCAACCCCGAAGCAAUUUGUCACUUCGACUUUGAACAAUUUCCAAAAAAGAUGCGGGGCCCAAGAACGGUUCAUGACAGUGACCCCAUACUGGUCCCACGCGUUAAUGCACUGGGCCAUCGAAUCGACAGUUGGGGUGUAUUCUUCAGUUGCCAACAAGUUGAACUACAACAUGCACGUUUCUAUCAGAAACAGGGCUUUAAAGAAAGCAGCUAAGAAGGCGAAGAGUACCUGA